AUGUCGGAUACUGUAGAGAAAGUCCCCACCACUGAAGCAUCUUCAUCCUCCGCGGAAACACCAAUCGCCGCCGAUAAAACAGAGCCCACGACGACGAUAGAAAAGACAAAGUGGGGCGAUGUUGAGGACGACGACGACGAAGAGGAAGCAAACGCAGUCUCCGAGCUCAAUUCAUUGAGUAUUAAGGAGGAAUCUGUGCUUGACGAACCCGAAGACUCAAACAUCAAAGCGGUUACUUCGGGUGAGACACCAUAUACAUCAGCGAGUAGGUUUGAAGAUUUGAACUUGUCACCUGAGUUGAUGAAAGGAUUGUACGUUGAGAUGAAGUUCGAGAAGCCCAGCAAGAUCCAAGCCAUCAGUUUGCCUAUGAUUAUCACACCGCCUCACAAGCAUCUCAUUGCUCAGGCUCAUAACGGAUCUGGCAAGACCACAUGCUUCGUUCUUGGGAUGCUCAGUCGUGUUGACCCCAAUCUGAGAGAGCCUCAAGCUCUUUGCAUCUGUCCCGUUCGAGAAUUAGCUAUCCAGAAUAUGGAAGUUCUUCAGAAGAUGGGGAAGUAUACUGGGAUCACUGCUGAACUUGCUGUCCCUGAGUCGAAUCAAGGUGUAACCUCUGCAAGAAGAGAACAUGUUUCAGCCCAAGUUGUGAUUGGCACCCCUGGGACUCUUAAGAAGUGGAUAUCGUACAAGAAGCUGGGUGUUAAUCAUUUGAAGAUUCUCGUUUUUGAUGAGGCUGACCAUAUGCUUGCUACGGAUGGCUUCAGGGAUGAUUCCUUGAGGAUAAUCAAGGACAUUGAGAGAGUUAAUUCCAGUUACCAGGUUCUUCUAUUUUCUGCAACUUUUAAUGAAAUAGUCAAAGACUUCGUUCAGAGGACAGUCAAGGACCCGAAUCAACUCUUUGUAAAAAGAGAAGAUUUGAAGUUGGACUCAGUAAAGCAGUAUAAGGUGGUUUGCCCAAGGGAGCAAAACAAGAUUGAAGUCAUCAAGGAUCAGAUUAUGGAGCUUGGUGAUAUUGGUCAGACCAUAAUCUUUGUGAAAACUAAGGUCUCAGCAGGCAAAGUGCACAAAGCUCUUGCGGAUAUGGGGUAUGAUGUCACAAGUGUUCAUGGUAACAUGACUGUAGAGGACAGAGAUAAGAUUGUGAAGGAGUUCAAAGACUGUCUAACUCAAGUUCUCAUUGCAACUGAUGUCCUUGCAAGAGGUUUUGACCAACAACGGGUGAAUUUGGUUGUCAAUUAUAAUCUGCCUACUAAGCAUAACACCGGUGAGCCAGAUUAUGAGGUUUACCUUCACAGAGUUGGAAGAGCUGGCCGGUUUGGUCGUAAAGGGGCUGUGUUCAACCUCCUCCUUGAUGAUAGGAGGGAGAUAGAGGUGAUGGAGAAGAUCGAGCGCUACUUUGAAGCACAAGUUAAGGAGAUCAAGUCUUGGAACUCAGAGGAAGAGUACAAGAGCGCACUCAAGGAAGCUGGCCUGUUGGAUGAGUAAAGAGAAACACAUUGAUGAAGACAGAAGUUGUUUGAGAAAAACAUCUUAAAAGACUUCGGCUUUUUGUUUUUUGUUUUUUUGUUUUACAUUGCUGUUGUAAUAUCAGUAAGUUAUAUGAACUUAAACAGAAAAAUCGUUUCUUUUAAAACAUCUGAUAAGAGUAGACACACAAGAAAGACUUUAGUUAUGAAUUCAA